AGAGUACUGUACAGCACACACGGCUGACGGAUCCGCACGCACUACGGACCCGUACAACCCCCAUAAUUACUUUGUACUCCGCAGGCGCGUGUUCGCUUAAACAAAACCGUCUCCACGCCAUGCCUAAAGCGGACCCCAAAGUAAACAAAUCCCCCGCGUAACAUCAGACCUGGCACACACCUGGGACAGACCCUGACAUCACCCUCUAAUAUUCCACUCUGAUAUCAUCGGAUCCGGCCAUCGACUGGUGUGAUAUUAUCGCUGUCUUCGCUUGGCUGGCUCAAGUACAACCGUAAACCAGUCCAUCUGCACUGCCUUUGAGCUCUAAAGCCCAUCAUGUCGACGCCGAAACGACGCUCUGCUCGUAUUGCGAGUGCAUCCAAGACUCCAAAUGUGUUCACUCGAUUGGGUUCGGUCAUUGAAGGGGACGAGGAACCCGCCCAGCAACCCUUCCGAAGCUUAGAUACUAUCAUGUCUUCGCCCCCCAAACCCAGUACACCGGUCAGCGCAGCACCUGUCAAGCUCGCCAUGUCUGAGAUGCAUCCCAGCAAAGUUCAUCAAACCAUGGCUCCCCCUUCGUCCGGCCUGAGGUUUGGCUUCGUCGAUAUCAAUACCGAUGAAAAGUCCCGACAUCAACCAUCUGGCAUCACUCAAACCACCCCUUCCAAAACCCGGAUGCCCUCAUCAGACUUCACUUUCCGCGUUGCUGGCCCCAUGGCUGGAGAGACCGAGACCAACCUUAGCCCUGAGGCACGCCACAUGAUGGACCAGAUUCGCGAGCAGGCUGCCAAGCACAAGGCCGCCGUAAUGGCAAGGCGGGAGAAGGAGAGAAUUGAAGAGCAUGCCAAGCUGGUCGAAGAGCGUGAACGCGAGCGCAAGAUCGCCAAGGCCCAGAGCAAGGUCGGCCGCUUCGACGAGGCUCACAUGCGAGAGUUCAAGAAGAUGGACUCCAUCACAGUCCCUGGCACCUUCACCACUCCCAAACCUUUCAACUUCAGUCCACUCAAGUCGGGUAUGAAGCGGAGCCAGUCCAAGGCAAACCUCGACGAGCCCGAGCCAUCGGGACGCAAACCGCGCACUGAGAAACCGCUUCCAUCCCUUCCGCAUGCCACCGAGGAGCAAGGCGAGCGUGACGAGCCGAACACACGCGCGAAGCGUGCCAGACAGCGCAUCGAGGAUGACGCAUCCACCCUUCGACCAGUAUCGCGUGAUGGAGGCAAGAUUCCGCGGCCUAAGAGCAUCAUCGGUGGCGUCGAAUCUGCUCGAUCCAAGACUACCACUGCCAAUGAGUCGUCCCGCCCCAAGAGCAUGUUCGGCCUCGAUUCUAUCCGACCUCAGAGCAGCGGUAAUGACUCAGUCCGAAGCGGUAUUCCCCGUGCGCAAACCACGGCAAACCUGAUGACACCAACCAAAGCGACUGUGGCCAAGGCUAAUAUUCCCAAGACUCCCACUAUCACUUUGGUCAAAUCACCCAGCAAACCGGACUUAGCUCCUACGAACCAAUCUCCGAGCAAAUCUGGUCUUGGCGGCCUGGUCAAAUCGCCAACUAGAUCCAACCUUUCUUCUCUCCUGAAGUCCCCGACCAAGCCCAGCACCGGCGGUGUCCUCAAAAAGUCCAUCACUUUCGCCAGCCUGGGUGCUUCUCAGACCAACCCGUCACUUGUCCAAACACCGGGCCGAUUUGAUAGAGUUAGGUCGAUCCUCAAGGGACCGUUCACCGCAUCGAAACCCAAAAGUCACUUGCCGCAGGUUGCCGUUGCCGCACCCAAAACCCCAGGCCGAACGGAGAAAGUGAUUUCUGGAGUUCCGAUGACUACUCCUCCCCACAAGCUUGCUAAGCGUGUUGAAUUCACUCCUGACACCAAACAAGCUGCUUUGAGCCAGAAUUCACCAUCUCCCACCAAAUCUGCCAUACCCCGGUCGAGGACAUUGCCGAAGCUGCCUGCACCCGAGAUGCGGUCCAUCGAGGCCGUGAUGAGCGCCAAGACAAGUCGGGAGGAGAUAGAAUAUCCCGAUCUCUCUGCCUACGAGGAGGUGGCUGCCCAGGAAAAAGCCGAAGCGACCGGUGAAGUUAAGGAGCCUUCCGUGCUGCCCGAAGGUGUUCCCGGCACUUUCACGUUCCGUAGUGAUCACACGAUCAGAUUCAACAGCACAUCGCCGAGUGGUUUUGGUGGUGCAGCUGGACAGUCUAGUCUCCGCCAUGUCCGACCCUCCAUGCCUGGAACUUUCCCUAGUGGCAUUGAACCGACUUCUCCCAACAAGGAGAACAAGGAUCCUGCCGUCAUGACGGGUAUUCCGCACGGCAUGUCUAACAAGAAGAGACAUCGAGCUGUAUGGGAGGACGAAGAGCUCCAGUCGGGUAUUUCGCAUGGCAUCACUAACAAGAAGCGCCACCGAGCCGAUGCCGAUUCCGAAGAUGACAUGGAGAAGGACGAGGGUGCCGAAAGAGGUGCAAAGAAGGCUCGCAAGGAAUCCACGCCUGCAAAGGGUCAAGCACUUGCUGCUCCCAAGCUUGCUGCGACGCCUUCUCCCAUGAAGAAGAAGCAGAAGCCUAGAAAUGGUGGCACGCCCAGUCCUCAGAAGAAAGGCAUCAGUCUCAGUCGCCUGAACAUGCUGGCUCGUCCCAAAGUCCGGAAGUAGUUCUAUACUAUGGAGGAAGUACAUAUUGUUUUUGCAUCCCUGCGUGGCAUGAAUCGCUACUGGCUAGCAAUCUGCAUUGAAGCCGUCAGGAUUUAUAACGUUUUUGUGCCGUCUUGUAUACACGGCGUGAGAGGGCUAUUGUCAACACAACUGCUGCUUUGGCAGAAGGUAUAUGCACAGAAUUUGUUGUGUCGUAUCGUUUAAAAAGAGGCGUUUGGUGGCUAUACACAGAGAGGUGUCGGAGUUCUACGGCGUUUGACGCUUGUGUAUUUAAGUAUCGACUGCAGAUUUCUAAUAUGAACAAGAUUUCAGUUCCGAUUCAG